CUGGAUGCCCAGCACGCUUCAAACACUGACUGUGUGGUGUCGGCACCUCAAGAAAUUGAUAAAGUCUGGUUGAGACACCAAGUCACCGAAUGCUACUAUUUCUGAUGCCUUGCUAUGAGGCACCUUGUCAGUGAUACAUGUGGCGAGAACACAUCUUGCUGACAACGCCAGACACUUGCACCUAACCCUAAACCCCCACGAAGGAUGAUGGUGUAUCCGUGGCACGAACAGACAUGGCCAUAGAACGCAUCUGUAGUGAUAUGGACCUAAGAGUAAUCGACUGCGAAUGGACUGGAACUAUAUUUGGCAAAGGUUCAUUUGGGACUGUGCUUGAAAUGAAGUCAAAACAUAGUGAAGAGGUUUAUGCUGGUAAAAAGUACCACGAUAUUCCCCGCCCAAGGCAACAGUUCCUCAAAAGGCUUUGUGGUCACCUUUUCAUCCUGUGCAAAAUAAACCAUCCAAACAUCGUGCGGACGGUUGGCAUUACCUUUGAUGAUGACAACUCUCCAACUGUCCUCAUGGAGUGCAUGAAGACAACCUUUCAAGAUUAUAUUCUCGACCAAAAAGUGUUCCCUGGAAUCCCUGCUUUAUCUCUUGUCCAAAAAACAAAGCUUCUCUGUGAUGUAGCAAAUGGACUUAGGUACCUCCACAACUGCAGGCCUGUUAUACUCCAUAGGGACCUAACGGCUACCAAUGUCCUUCUUGACUCCACCCUCACUGUGGCAAAGCUGUCAGACUUUGGGAAUGCCCGUGCACUGAACCUCACGUAUGGAUGCACCCCAUUCACAAGUCAGUCU